AUGCACCCUCAAGAAGCUAAUAGCAACGCGGUGCUAUCUGAGCACGACUACGUCUCUUCAAUUGAUAGCUCUUUAGUUCCAGAAGAAGGCACAUCGAAUCCUGUAAAUGGACCAGUCGCUCCAGAAGCAUUUCUUGAUAACAAUGAGCUCAAUCAAUCUUCAGGCACAGAUGAUGAUGACGACUACAUUAUAAGUGAUGAUGAAGAGAUAAGUUUAAUGUUAACUAGAUCUCAAGAUUUACCGAAUCCUCAUUUACCAUUUUCUGGAAGUUUAGUUGAUCAUGCUAAUUAUUUUUCCAAUACAUUAUCUCGUGCUUUGGAUUCAGUGGAAAUGGACAAAUCAUUAGUUCUUGAAGCUCAAAUAAGUGGUAAUCUCAAUAACGAGAACCAGAGGAUAUUAGAGAAGAAGAAAGUUUUAAUCGAGAAGUUGAAAGGUUUACAGCAAAUGUGUUUGGAAAAUUUUGGAAAUCAAACGGCCACGGGUGAGUCAAAACUAAGUAAGAUUGAACAAAUGAAACAUGACAUAUUAAACAUUGAAAAUAGAAUAGAGAUUUUAAAGAAUGGAAAGAAUGCUUCAUUCAAGAUUCCACUAUUCAAAAAGACAUCUACUUCUAAAUCUAUAGGGGUAGUCUCUAAAUAUCCAAUAGAGUACAACCAAGCAAAAGAUAAGGUAUUAGAAAGACAAAUCGACGACCAAUAA